AUGUGUACAUGGACCCUAAAAGAUAAGUCAUUUGGAGAUGAACGUGCUGUUAAUUCCGGCCUUCAUACUGAUGCCCAGCCCAUACGGCCCAAAUGGACAAGCAGCACAUACCAUCCAUUCUUCCCAACAAAACUGGCAGACAUCCGGCCCACGCAGCAACCCGCUAUCGAUAAGCACAUCUCUUCUAGUCUUCUUCCCCGGAACCGACCGACCGCUCCAUCCUCCAUGGCUCCUCCGCCGCGGCGAAACCCGCCGCAAAACCCCACCCGGAGGAAGGGCGAGGAGCCGUGGCUCGCCGCGAGCCUGCGCCCGGCGAACUUCCUCCCGGGCCUCGCCAUCGGGUUCCUCCUCGGCCUCCUGCUCGACCUGUCUUCGUCGUGGAGACCCAAGUCCAGCUCCCCGCCGGCUCCGGCCGCGGCACCCGCGCGGGGCUCCAGCUCCAAGUGGGCGUCGGGGACUUCGUUUGCCUCAGGCGGCGAGGAGCUUAAGAUGGUUUUAGUGGUACGCCAGGACCUCAAGAUGGGGGCUGGGAAAAUAGCUUCUCAAUGUGCCCAUGCAGCGACUGGCUUGUACGCAGAGUUGUUGUCAAGCAAUCGGGGUUUACUGAGACAAUGGGAGCAACUUGGACAAGCUAAGAUUGUUUUGACAUGCAAGAAUCAACAGGAAAUGAACAGGUUAAAGGAAACUGCAGAACAUCGAGGUAUUCCUACAUUUAUUGUUGCUGAUGCAGGCCGCACACAGGUGUUGGCUGGAUCCAAAACAGUUCUUGCAAUAGGACCAGGGAGGAAAGCUGACAUCGAUUCAGUUACUGGGAAACUGCGUUUGCUGUGA